UCAGUCAGUCCGACCGCUUCAUCGGAUAACCAUGUUUGCGAAACUCGUGAUAUGCGCUGUGGUGGCCGCUGUGGCAUCACUACCUCAAGGUUCACCGUCUAGAUCCUACGGACUUCCCAGUGGAAGUUCAUCCGGCGGUUUCGGUGGAGUAGGAGGUGGACCUGGAAGUGGAGCUGGAGGCAGUGGAGGAUUCGGAGGUGGAGCUCCUGGGUCAGGCAGUGGAGGAUUCGGAGGAGGAGCUCCUGGGUCAGGCAGUGGAGGGUUCGGAGGUGGAGCUCCUGGGUCAGGCAGUGGAGGGUUCGGAGGUGGAGCAACGGGAGGAUUUGGGGGUGGAGCUCCUGGUUCCAGUAGUGGCGGCUUCGGCAGUGGAGCCACUGGAGGAUUCGGCGGUUCCUCGGGAGGCUUCGGUGCUGGUGGUUCUGGAGCUGGAGCUUCAGGUCCUUUCAUUCCCAUCAUUACCGACGAUCGCCAAGGCCCCGAUGAGUUCGGAAACUACAACUUCAACUUCGAAACUGCAAACGGCAUCAUUCGUGAGGAACAAGGAGCCCCACAAGGAGAAACUGGAGCCGUAGCACAGCAGGGUGCUUGGUCAUUCACCUUCCCUGAUGGCACUCCAGCUGACUUCAGCUUCGUCGCUGAUGAAAACGGUUUCCGCGUGGAGUCCGACCUUCUGCCUACACCCCCUCCCCUCCCACCACACGCUAUCGCCCAGAUCGAGAAGGCUCGUCAGGAGGAUGCCGCUGCUGCAGCGUCAGGUGGCCGGCCAGGCUCUGGCUCUGGACAGUUCUCUGGCUCAGACUUUGGUUCAGGACAGUUCUCGGGAUCUGGCCAAUCAGGUUUUGGUACCGGUGCUGGCCAACCAGGAUUUGGUUCUUCUAGUGGCCAGUUCUCAGGUUCAGCGUCCUCACAAGGACCCAGCACCGCCUAUGGUUACCCUUAAAUUGAAUCACAAUGAUAAUGCGACGUAAAAUCUGCUGCCAUUUCUGACCCAGCGAUAUCAUAUUUUUUUAGCCUUUAUUAUUAGAGAUAAGAUAUAACCAUGAUGCUCACUAGUGAAGUUACAUGUAUAUAUUAAAUAUGUAUCCAUAAAA